AUGAAUUCAACAUCAUACGAUAUCAAUUCGUCACCAGAUAUCACACAAAUGUCUGAAGCCAUACUAGAGUCGAAUUCUAGUCAACCGUUAGUAACAACAAAUGAUAUCGAUACAAGCAACGAAGAAAAACAUCUUUUAUCAAAUCAAGAUUAUUUAUUGCAAAGUCAUAUCAACAAUAUACCAUUGGAAUCGCCAGCAUCGUUAAAUUCAAAUAUACCUAAAAGGCAAGAAUCAUUAAUUUCAGUUUACGAUAAUUCAAAUGACGGAGAGCAACAACAAAAGCAACAAACGAGUCAAAAUUCUUUUCCUCAAAUUGGAAUUCUUGGUCGAAAUCAACGUUCACAAGCAUUUACUAAACGGCUUCUAUUGUCUGGUUUUCCAAAACCAAUUCUAUGUGAUAGAAAUACAAUUGAAUUUGAUCUUAAUGAAAAAUCAAAUUAUGUAUCAUAUGAAACAUUUUGCAAACAAUCGCCGCCAAUAAUUCUUAUAACUGAUAAUCUAACGAAUAAUAUUGAUGAUUUCAUUAAUCAUGAUAAGCAACAAUUAAUAAUAGAUGCACGAGAGUCAAUUGAGAAAUAUCUUUCAAAUCAAUCUUCUCAAUUUUCACUACCCAUUCCAAGUUCAUAUCGUGCUUUUGGAAAUUUAUCAAAUUGGGAAAUUGAAAAUGGUACACAACGUGUUGGAGUUGCUAUUGAACAAGCAUCACCUUUAAAUUUAAUAAAAUUUAUUCAUGAUUUAAGUUGUUUUUCACGUGGAAUUAUUUUUCUCGAUCAAUAUUCUUAUAAUUAUAAACAAUUAAAAUCAUUUCGCCAUUGUUCAUUUCCAUUUGUAGCAACAAUGAUUAUUUUUACUCUAUGCUUCGUUUUAUCAAUGUUAGAAAAUAAAACAAAUAAUCAUUAUUACCAAGCAUGUUCAAUAACAGGAACAACAAGUGUAACAUUACUUUCAUUGUUAUUUUUAAUAAAACCAAUACUUGAAUUAAUUGAUUUUAUUCAUUCAUUUGUUUUAAGAAACGAGAAUAAGAAAAAUAUUGUUCCACGUUUGAAAUUCGUACAACGUUGGCUACAAUCACGACGAUGUUUAGCAUGGUAUUCAUUAACAUUUGCACUUUUACAUUUACUUUUUUUAUUAUUUUCAAAAAACAAUUUUCAUCAAGAAACAAGCUUUUAUCCCGUCUUUUUUGGUUUAUUUACUUUAGUACUUCUAUGUAUUUUAUCAUUUGUUUAUUUACCAUGGAUAAGUGAACAUCUUCUAUGGCGUGAAUAUCAUUUAUUGACAGCAUAUUUAGGGCCAUUUUGUCUUUUAAUUAGUUUUAUUCACGUUUUUAUCAAUUGGAAAUAUGAAUAUUAUUAUUCAAGUCAAAAACGUUUAUUUAAUUUACAAUUUAUGUCAAUGUUUUUACCAUUUGUUGUAUUAUUAUUAACUUUUAUCAUAUAUGGAAUAAUUCGUCCAACAAUGGAAUUAAUUCAAUGGAAAGAAAAUCGACCAAGAGAAUCAAAGACUUCAACAAUAACAACAAAGGACACAUCGCUUUUACCAUAA